UUCAUGUGUCCCGACUCAAGAAAUUCAUUUUUUCUCUUUUCGUUUAGCUUGAGCACGAACUUGGUCUUUCUCCCCGUCAGCAGUACCAUACUGUGACACUGUCAGAUCUGUGCGCCUCUGUCGCUGAUUCUUUUUCCAAUCUCAAUAAAUACUCCUCCCAGUGGUAAGAGGUGCGACAAGAAUCACGAGGCAAGUCCCAGACGGUUGGACGUGCACCUCCGGAGAACAGCAAUGGAAUCCGGCGGCGGCGGCGAGCUUCUGCCCCGACCUGGGCCGUCGUCCAUCAUCGCGAAACCCGGCGACGGCCGCGGCGGCUGGCGUGCCCCGCUCUUCAUCGUCGCGGUGGGGUUCUUCGAGCGUAUCGGGUUCGUCGGCGUGUCGGCCAACUUGAUCAUGUACCUCACCGGCAUGCUUGCCAUGUCCACGGCGUCCGCGGCCGCCGGCGUGAACGCGUGGUCCGGGACCGUGCAGGUGCUGCCGCUCGUCGCCGACUGGCGGCUCGGCCGGUAUCGAACUCUCCUGGCCGCCGGCGUGCUCUACCUUCUGAGCUUGGGAAUGCUGACGGCCUCAUCCAUGCUGCAAACCGUGAGCUCGCCGCCGUCGGCGUCUCCCGCCCGGCUCGCCUUCUUCUACGUCGCGCUCUACCUGCUGGCGCUGGCGCAAGGCUUCUACGGGCCGUGCGGGGAAGCCUUUGGCGCGGACCAGUUCGCGUCGAGCGACGGCGACCCCACCGCGCCCGCGUUCCGGAGCUCCUACUUCAACUGGUUCCACUUCUCCAUAUCCUGGGGGUACGCCUUCGCGUCGGCGGGGCUGAGCUACGUCCAGGACAACGCCGGCUGGACCGUCGGGUUCGGCGCGUGCUGGGCCGCCAUGGUGCUGUGCCUUGCCGUCUUCUUGCUUGGCACGCCGGCGUACCGUUCCAAGCAACAUGCGGACGGCGGCCCGUUCGCCGAGACCGUGCGGGCGCAGGUGGCGAGGGUCUUCCGCCGCAAGGACGACGCCACUAGAACCCAACGGCUUAUAGCUCCAAAACCAGAGGACAGGCUCGUCGUUAAGCUGCUCCCGAUAUGGCUGACGAGCAUAGUCUUCGCGGUCAUCUUCUCGCAAGUCUCCACUCUGUUCACCAAGCAGGUCAGCACACUGGACCGCCGCCUCGGCACGGGAACGGGCCUGGCCGUACCGCCCGCGGCGCUCCAGUGCCUGAGCAACCUCACCUUCAUCGUCAUGCUCCCGCUAUACGACCGCGUCAUCGUGCCCCUCGCGAGGCGCCUGACGGGGCACCCCGCGGGCAUCACGAUGCUCCAGCGCAUCGGCACCAGCAUGGCCACGUCCUGCGUCGCCAUGGUCGUCGCGGCGUUCGUGGAAGCCAGGCGGCUCCGCGUCGCCGGGGACGCGGGCCUGGCCGACCUCUCAUACGUGGCUGUGCCGAUGAGCCUGUGGUGGAUGAUCCCGCAGUACGUCCUCGUCGGCCUCGCCGGCGUGCUGGGUCAGGUCGGGCUCGAGGAGUUCUUCUACGACCAGGUGCUCGACACCCUCCGCAGCGUCGGGCUCGCGCUGUGCCUGAGCAUCUUUGGCGUGGGGAGCUACGCCAGCGGCGCGCUCGUGUCCGGGAUCGAUUGGGCGACGAGGAGCAGGGGCCAGAGCUGGUUCUCCGACAACCUCAACCGAGCGCACCUCGACUACUUCUACUGGCUCCUGGCGGGGCUCGCCGCUCUGGAAGUGGCCGCGUUCUUGCAUUUCGCGAAUCGAUACGUGUACAGGAACAAAGGCGCCAGCUGUGGUACACGAAGCUUUGUACUCCGUAUGUGUUAUGUGUAAAUGAUUUGCUUAUGUCAAAAAAAAUGUAUAAUGGUGAAUCAGUUAAAGAAUGCACGCAUCAGUAGAGUGAUAAUUCAGGAUCUGUGGCUUUAUAUC